AUGAACGGUAAUAACGCUGGUCCUGGCAGCUUACCUCCUGGUACACCCGAUACUCGCCACUAUGGCCCCGCACCCACAGCACAACGCCGUCGUUAUCAGACCACCAAGAAAGUCAAACUGACUUCUGGUAACUUGGUUUUGGACUGUCCUGUUCCCUCUAAAUUCCUUAAGACUCUCAAAUACCAGGAAGGUGAAGAGUUCACUCACAUGCGCUACACUGCCGCAACAUGUGAUCCUAAUGACUUUGCGUCAGAGAACUAUACCCUGCGACCCCUUUUGCUGGAUGAACAGCCUCGCGAAACCGAACUUUUUAUUGUCAUGACCAUGUAUAACGAAGAUGAAGUCCUCUUCACGAGAACCAUGCAUGGUGUGAUGAAAAACAUUCGCCAUCUGACCACCCGCGAUCGCUCUCGUACCUGGGGCCCAGAUUCGUGGAAAAAGGUUGUCGUCUGCAUCGUCUCUGACGGUCGCUUGAAGAUCAACCCCAAGACUUUGAACGUCUUGGCUGCUAUGGGUGUUUAUCAAGAUGGUGUUGCCAAGAACAUCGUUAAUGAUAAACCCGUUACUGCUCACAUCUAUGAGUAUACAACCCAGGUUACUAUUGAUCCUGACAUGGGUCGCUCUGGUCAUGAUAAGGGCUAUGUUCCCGUCCAGAUCUUGUUCUGUCUCAAGGAAAAGAACGCCAAGAAGUUGAACUCCCAUCGCUGGUUCUUCAAUGCUUUUGGUCAAGUGUUGAAGCCUAAUGUUUGUGUGUUGCUCGAUGUCGGUACCCGCCCUGGUUCGACUUCAAUCUACCAUUUAUGGAAGGCCUUUGAUCUCAACUCGAAUGUUGGAGGAGCUUGUGGAGAAAUUUGUGCCAUGUUGGGUCGUGGAGGCAGUGCUUUGCUCUCGCCUUUAGUGGCUUCUCAAAACUUUGAGUACAAAAUGUCGAACAUUCUGGACAAGCCUCUCGAAUCAGUCUUUGGAUACAUUUCGGUCUUGCCAGGAGCUUUCUCUGCUUACCGCUAUCGAGCUCUUCAGAACGAUCCUUCAGGCGUUGGUCCUCUGGAGAAGUACUUCUUGGGAGAGAAGUUCCACGGAUCAGAUGCCAAUAUUUUUACGGCCAAUAUGUAUUUGGCUGAGGAUCGUAUCUUGUGUUUCGAGUUGGUCGCCAAGAGAAACGCAGCCUGGGUGUUGCAAUACGUCAAGUCUGCAUAUGGUGAGACAGAUGUGCCCAGCACUGUGGCUGAGUUUAUCUCACAGCGUCGUCGUUGGUUGAACGGAUCAUUCUUCGCCUCGGUUUAUGCAUUGGUACAUCAAUUUGAUAUCUGGCGCUCGGAUCAUUCCACUGCUCGCAAGUUGUUCUUCCAUCUCGAAUUCUUUUAUAACGGCGUAUCCUUGUUCUUCUCAUGGUUUGCCUUGGGUAAUUUCUAUUUGACGUUCUACAUUCUCGGAAAUGCCAUGGUGUUCAAGAGGGAUCUAGAGGGCAAUAUACUGCAGGAGUCACCUUUUGGUGAGAACGAUGCCGGAUUCUGGAUCUUCACGAUCGCACGGUACAUUUACAUCUUGUUGAUCGUUGCACAAUUCAUCAUGAGUAUGGGUAAUCGUCCUCAAGGUUCAAACUGGGCAUACAAGUCGUCAAUGGGGUUCUUUGCAGUCUUGAUGGGCUACAUGUUGUUUGGAGCCGGUUACAUGACGGUUGCAGGCAUCAAUCAAGCUCGAGAGGAUGCAGAGGCUGAUGGAGGUGGAACGUCGAUCACAUCAUUGUAUUUCCAGAAUGCCAUGUUCCGAAACACAGUCGUUUCAUUGGCAUCAACCUAUGGACUGUACUUCUUUGCUAGUUUCUUGUUCUUGGAGCCAUGGCACAUGUUCCACUCCUUUAUCCAGUACAUGUUCAUGGUUCCGUCGUAUGUCAACAUCUUGAACGUAUAUGCAUUCUGUAACAUUCAUGAUAUCUCUUGGGGUACUAAGGGAGACACCUCUGUCAAUACAGAUUUGGGAGUCGCCAAGAAGACCUCGGAAGGAGGCGUUGAGGUUGCAAUGCCGACCGACAGUCACGACAUCAAUAAUGCAUACGAUGAAGCCGUCAGUUCGUUGUCAAUCAAGACGCCAGAAGUGAAGCAAGAACGUAGUGUGAAGGAGAAGCAGGAGGACUAUUACCGUGAAAUCCGUACUCGUGUGUUGUUGGCAUGGAUCAUGAGUAAUGCAUUUUUGGUAGCCUUGGUAACAUCGGCUGCUUUUGGUGAUUUUACCAGAAACAGUACCACGUACUUGGGAAUUGUUCUCUGGUCAGUCGCUGGUCUGGCUUUCUUCCGCUUUGUGGGUAGUGUCACCUACAUGAUCCUGCGUCUCUUCAAUGGUCGCAUUGUCUAA